AUGCCCGUGUACCAAGUAGCUGCUCCCCUGGUAAUUACUCCGACAAUUCGCCCGAGUCCGGCCAUCACCAUCAACGGCCGAUGCCCAUCUUCGCUCUCGCUCGGAUCCCUAUCGAGCCUCCACGUCAACCAGACACGGCCGUCGUUUCAAUCGGAGGCCUUGUUCCAUGGGUCUCUAAAGAUGCGCAAGGUUGCCUCCAAGGAUGCUAUACGUACAUUGGUGUACCUUGACCCGAAUGGUCUAGAGGAGGAUGAGAGGUUUUGCAAUAUAUGCUACGUACCCUUCAACGAGACGAGCCCCGAUGGUGUUAAGGAGAGUCCCGUUCGCAUUCCGGCGUGCAACCAUGUCUUCGGAGAUAAAUGCUUACGGAAGUGGCUGUCGGAGUCCCCGUGUUGCCCGUAUUGUCGCCACCAGCUACCCGCAGCCGUGAAGUACGCGGGACCGCUGAAGAGGUCCAUCGCCGACGCUCUGAUGGCACAGGGCGUCCUGACUCCAGACGAUGAUCCUGAAGAUCACAUGGAGAUAAUGGCCCGAUUCCUUCACAAUGCCGAGAGUCACGACUCUGAUGAGGACUAUGACGGGUACGACGAUGGAUAUGGCGACAACUACGACGUAGGCUCCGACGAUGAUGAAGAAGAGGACGGCACCCGAACAGGAGACCGACGUCACCGGUCCGAUAAUGAUACUUCCCACCAGAGUAGCCCCUGGAACUUCGAGACCCCCUCCCAAAGCAGGGCCCAUGAUAUCCCCACCCCGCCCUCUUCGGCUGGAACCCUCUCAAGACAGCAGCAUGCGACCCACAGGCCUACAUUUCUUCACGCCGUUAUGAGCGACACCACGAUAGAUGGCACUUCACCUACCAGACCACGAAAUACUGAGGCCAGGAUGCAAUCGCAACCACAGUCGCAGCCGCAGCAGUUGAGGGUUAUUGAGGUCGACCUCGGGUCGCAUAGGGCCGCCCGAGGCUUCGCAAGACGCUCGAACCCUGACACGAUUGCCAGUCACAUUAGGGAAUUGCCGGCGCCAGCCGAGUCCCCUCCCAGUACGGAUAUUGGCCCAUCAACCCCGGGCCCACCUAGGGAUGACACGGCUAACCGCCGAAUUACGAGAAGCCGGGCCGCCAGGGGGGAACACUGA